CUUUGAGUCGUAUUAUUGACUCGCCACCGGUGGCGUUCUGGAAAUCGAUAAUCAUACAUCUCUCUCUACUUGAUCGAUCAUCUUCUUCACUGUUACAAACAGAGAUCGAUCGAUCGAUCGAUCGAGCAACUAUGGCAAUCCUCUACGCUGUCGUGGCGAGAGGAACGACGGUUUUGGCUGAAUUCAGCGCUGUCACUGGUAACACCGGCGCCAUCGCCCGUAGGAUCAUUGAGAAGCUUCCGUCUGAGGCAGAUUCCAGGUUAUGUUUUUCUCAGGAACGCUACAUAUUUCACAUACUCAGAGCUGAUGGAAUCACCUUUCUCUGUAUGGCCAAUGAUGCAUUCGGAAGGAGAAUACCAUUCUCAUACUUGGAAGAAAUUCACAUGAGGUUCAUGAAAAAUUAUAGCAGAGUAGCUCUAUAUGCUCAUGCUUAUGCGAUGAAUGACGAGUUUUCAAGGGUCCUGCACCAGCAAAUGGAAUUCUUCUCCAGUAAUCCGAGUGUUGAUACACUAAGUCGAGUGAGGAGUGAAGUUAAUGAGGUACGCACCAUUAUGGUGGACAACAUUGAGAAAAUACUUGAAAGGGGUGACAGAAUAGAGCUUUUGAUUGACAAAACCACAACUAUGCAAGAUAGUGCCUUUCAUUUUAAGAAACAGUCUAAACGUCUUCGACAAGCUCUUUGGAUGAAAAACGCAAAGCUCUUGGCCUUAUUGACAUGCUUGAUCGUAGUGUUCUUGUAUUUAAUAAUCUCUGCUUGCUGCGGGGGACUUACAUUACCUUCCUGCAGAUCUUGAUACAAAUGCAGUUAUUUCUUGCACACAAACAAAGCUUCCUAGAAAUUCGCGAUCCUGUGAUAAAAGAAAACGCUCUUUUCGUAUCUUAUUUGUCCACAGUUUUCUGUCUAUUUGAUUAUUUGCCGCGUAAAUACAUUUCAGUAAUAGUUUGAAAGUGAGUUAGUUAUUAUGUAAAUCUGUUUUUUGUUUUAGUAUGUUAUUUGAUUGAAAGUUGUAUUUGUGCUAUAAAUCUUCGUUUUUUGUUCCUCGUUUGGUGGAUUGACAUUAUUAACAUUUUCUAGCGGUUUUAUUGGGUUUUUCA